AUGUUUGGAAACCCGGACUGGACAUGGAGUGAGCUUGACCCAUUUAUGAAAGAUAUCGAGAAGCCCCGAGACCCUACCAAAGACAAGACCAUAAAAUCUGGCUCAUGGCACUCAUAUGAUCCGGCCUGCCAUAAUGACGGCAAUGAUACGGGUCAAGUGUGGGUAGGUGCUCGUGACCGAGGACGCGAUUGGUCCCAGGUCAUCCCGGCUCUCAUGCGCACCGUCAACCACACCUAUCCCGAUGCACCGACCCAGCGAGAUCUUUGUUGCGGAGAUCCCCGAGGCGUCUCGAUGUUCAUGAACACCCUGACCCCAGGACAGAUCCGAACUGAUGCGGCCAGAUCGUGGCUGGACCCAAUCCUGAAAAACGCGACGACGAAGAAUCGCAUCACUGUCUUGACUGGUCAGAUUGUCGGGAAGGUGAAUCUCGAGAAGAACGUGCAGAAGAGUCCUGAUGCGAACGGUUUGUAUAAAGCUACAGGUGUGGAAUUUGGUGUUCAUAACAAGGACAACUGGCGGUGGAACGUGACUGCCAAACAGGAGGUCCUUCUUGCUGCCGGCUCGGCUAUGUCUCCCUUGAUCCUCCAAUAUUCUGGAAUUGGGCCCAAGAAAGUGCUCCAGCAUGCCAAUGUAACACAGAAACUCGAUCUCCCCGUGGGCUUAAAUCUCCAGGACCAAACUACCACCAACGUCCGAUCAGAAGUGACUGCCCAAGGAAAUGGUCAAGGACAGGCGGCCUACUUCGCUACCUUCGCCGAGGUCUUCGGCCCCGAUGCACAGGCAUACGAGGGUAUUUUGAAUGAUGACGAUACGUUGAAGAAAUGGGCGGAUGAAACCGUUGCUGGCGGCGGUUUCCACAACAGCACAGCACUUCUCGAGCAAUAUCGGAACUACCAGAAGUGGCUUCUGCAGGAAAAUGUCACCUAUGCCGAACUCUUCCUAGAUACCGAUAAUCGCAUCAACUUCGACCUUUGGGAUCUCAUCCCCUUCACGCGAGGAUACGUGAAAAUCCUCGACAAAGACCCGUACCUCCGCAGCUUCGAGUAUAACCCCCGAUACUUCGAGAAUGAGCUGGAUGUCGCUGGCCAGGCCGCCGCAUCGAGACUAGCACGCACGUUGUCUCGAUCCCACGAGAUGGCCCAAUACACCGGAAAUGAGCUCAUCCCAGGUCAUCUCCUGCCGUUGAACGCUACACUGAGCGAAUGGAUGCAUUAUGUCAAACAGAACUUCCGUGCUAACUACCACGGUGUUGGUACAUGCUCGAUGAUGUCGAGGGAGCAAGGUGGUGUUGUCAAUCAGAAGGCUCAGGUGUACGACGUUGACGGACUCCGUGUUGUCGACGGCUCGAUUCCGCCGACGCAAGUUUCUUCGCAUGUUAUGACAGUGUUCUACGGCAUGGCCGCCAAGAUUGCAAAGGUGAUUAUUGACGAGUACAAGCCCUAG